AUGCGACACAAGCAUGCACGGCUACCGCAGGUCCACGACCAAGCGAAGGAGCCAACAAUGGCAAGGCGAGCCACGCCCCCCACAACGACGGGACACGAGCGGCCCCCCCCCCCCAAAAAAGGGGGGGGAGAAAAAAACAACUACGUAAAUAUGAGGUACCUGACAACAUAUAAGAGAACGCAAGCAAACAAGCCCCCCAAAAGAAACCCCCACCGCCCCCCAACCGCUGCGAAAAACAAAGCCAUGUCCGGCCAGACCAACGCCCUCGAUACCGCCACGCCCCCCAAUGCCCUGGCAAGAAUGGGAGCCAGCCUAACUGAGACAAGCCGCCCGGGAACGCCAACUGCGGAACAAACCCCCAAAGCCGCGAAAAGAAGGCGAACGGCCCCAGCAGACAGGGAAGAAGGGGAGCUUGAGGACGAGAACAGACCCCCCAACGACGCCGACAUGGCAGGCCAAGAGGCUAACCCUCCCCCGGCCCAAACCAACGAUGCCCAGACCAGUCCCGCGCAGCCUACCACGGCACCAGCCAACCCCCACGCCCAAUCCUCCCAGAGGGGCCCCCCACCCCCAGAACCCACGCAAUCCCGCAUCGCCUACACCAGAGCAACCUACCCGAGGGUUGUCAAGUCCCUAGACGCCCUGCUCGCGGAGAUCCUGGAGACAACAGCCGACAUAAUCAGAGCGCAGCCCGACAAAUACCUGGCACUCCUAAUCUAUGGAGGAGGGAACAAGAUCAAAGAAGAAAACCCCUCCCUGAUGGCCGACAUCCAGGGUUUCCUACAAGGCCUCUCCAUCGAGGGGAGCGAACGGCUAAGGGUGGUCGACCCCCCCAAACAAGACAACGAGAAAAAGGGCGAGUUCGCAAAACCCCAUAUCCUACUACUGAAGAACGGCUCACCCAAACUACGCGCGUACCUCACCUGGUACCAAACCUUCGCCUUCCAGACUGAAGGCAGGAGGAUAGCUUUCUCCGCGCUCCCCUUCGACGCAAACGUCCGACCAUGGUUCAUAGCGGACAUCACGGGCCAAGCAGUAACCGACGACCCCGCAGCCGUCCACGAGGGGCUACUAGCCAUUACCCAAAGCCUGUCCGCCGACACCGAAUUCCGGAACCACGUAGAUGCAUGCCUCGCAAAGGUAGAACUACCCAGGUCAAUCGACGAGCGAGUGCGAGGCGCCCUCAGCACCUUCGAGAUCCACAGCAUGCGAGUGACGAACAAGGAAAAGAAAGAGGUGAUCGUCUGGCAGCUCUACGCGAACCCAAUAGCCGGAAACGGCCAGGAGUACAAAGAGUGGCUCACCAUCAUCACAUCCCGCCGCUACGUCAUCGAUGAAAUUGACGAGAUCUUCAUGCGAACCAAAACUCUGAAACCCUACGACUCGUGCGCCUUCUGCAAAAGCGAGAUCCACCCAGAGGUGCAAUGCCCCUUCCCACUAGUGGCCGACUGGAAGGGCCCAAUCCCCAGAGAUGUAAGGGCCGAACGGGCCAAGGUCAAGGAAGAAGCGCUAGCCAGAGGAGGGACCAGGAGCCGUGACAACCCUCGUGGCGGUCGGGGGGGCAACCGGGGACUCAGAGGUGGAAAUCCUAACACCGCACGUGCCCACCCAUACCAGUCGUAA